UGGAAUUUGGGCAAUUCUAAGGCUGAGGAGUGAGUGAGGAAGGAGGAUAGCCCAAGAAAAAGAAGAGCUACCAUGUUGUGAUUAGCAGCAGCAACCAACACCCCCUCCCUCCCCUUUUGCUGCAAAUCAAUCCAAACAAUGUCCAUUUCCAUGGCCUUGCUUUCUCCCACAACCCAUCUCCCAACACUCUCACCUUCCUCAUCACACUUCAAACCCCUCCUGACCCACAAGCCUUUUCUCUCUCUCAGACCCAAGAACCACCCUCUCUUCACCAUCAGAGCCUCGGCUGAGAAUGGAGCUGGAGCUCUCGGCUCAGUUGCCACAGCCGUGGAGCCCAAAGCAGAGCCCGAGGUCCCCGUGCCCGCCGCUGAGGCUGUUCCGGUGAAGAGUGAGAGCUCUGCCGGGGCUAAUGGAUCACCUGGAACAGCUGAGGAGGUAAGCGUGGUGAAUUUAUUUGAAGAUGGGAGAUGGGUCAAUGGGACUUGGGAUUUGAAGCAGUUUGAGAAAAAUGGAAAAACCGAUUGGGAUGCUGUUAUUGAUGCUGAGGCCAGGAGGAGAAAAUGGCUCCAGGACAACCCGGAAUCAUCCAGUAAUGGGAACCCUGUGUCUUUUGACACGUCCAUUGUACCUUGGUGGGCAUGGAUAAAGAGAUACCAUUUACCUGAAGCUGAAAUACUUAACGGUCGUGCUGCUAUGAUAGGUUUUUUCAUGGCGUAUUUUGUUGAUAGCUUGACUGGAGUAGGCCUAGUCGACCAAAUGGGCAAUUUCUUCUGCAAAACGUUAUUGUUCAUAGCUGUAGGGGGAGUGCUUCUGAUCCGCAAGAACGAGGAUGUUGAAAACCUAAAGAAACUACUCGAAGAGACGACGUUUUAUGAUAAGCAAUGGCAAGCAACCUGGCAAGAAGAGACACCGGCUAGCAGUAGCAAGAAGAAAUAGUUGAAUUGUUGAUGUUGAGUUUGGACUUUUGAAUUUAGGUUGUUUCUUCUUUAUUCCUUUGGGUUACUAUGUAAUUUCUGUGUGAUGGUGGAGAAUGAAGUUCUAUUUUCAGCCAUUGUGCGUUUACAUUGAUAAGUUAACUUUGAAAUUUUGGGUAAA